GGUGGCCGCCAGCAGUUAACUGCAAGCGCCCAAUCGUGUCAGUACUAUCCGGCCAUCGCUCUGACGCACAAGAUGGGAUGGCCGGCGUUUUUGAACUUUAGAAAGAAUAUCCGAACACACGCAGCGUUCGUCGGUGUGAUAUUGAUUCUAUAUGCGAUAUUCUCUAUCCUUGCUGGAGUGGCUUGGUGGUUGGAGGUAAAAGUGCAGACCGGAUUGGACAAAAUAGAUUAUGAAGUGAAAGCUGAUGCAUCCAGUCCUAAGAGCAAGAGGUCAAUUGAUGCGUGGUGGUCAUUCAAUGGCCAAUCUAUAUCAGGCAUGCCGUUAUCUUCGAAGAGUAAAAAGAAAAUGGUUAAUGCAAUGUUCUCGCUAUUGGAGAUUGACGAAAUCAAAGAAGCCAUGAGCCAGCACAGCAUGUUCUCGCUAUUGGACUUUGACAGAAUCAGAGAAGCCAUCAGCCACGAGAUCAACCAGGAGAACCAUGAGAUCAGCCAGGAUAUCAACCAGAAGUCCACUCAAUAUAUCAACCAGGAGACCAUUGAGAAGACCAUUCAGGAGAUCAGCCAGGAGAUUUACACGGAGAUCAUGUUCAUCAAGGUAGACUUCCUCAUCAUGAGCAUUGUGAGUUCGUUCACUACAAUCAUCUACUGGAUCGCGUAUCUCAAGCGUCAACAUUUGUUUCUCGUAAUAUUUAUCGGACUUAUGACCUUUGCUUUUGUGGCUCUAUCCAUCGGGAUGUUCGUCAUGAUACAGCAGCUGAAAUUCAUCUGGGCGUGCGCAAUGCUAUUCGGAUUCCUCGUGAACGGAUAUGUGUUGACGGUGGCGCUGCAACUGCAUUCCAAUUUUAAAUUUACCCGGCGACGACAAGUAUACGGCACCGAGGUGUGUGUGCUUCCCUUGAAGUAAUGGUAACAGAUUUGCAACGGUAUUCUUGAAUACAUGAAAUGAGCCAGCACCACAUGUUCUCGCUAUCGGACUUUGAUGGAAUCAGAGAAGCCAUCAACCACGAGAUUAACCAGGAUAUCAACCAGAACAUCAACCAGAAAUCCACCAAAUACACCAACCAAUACCAAACCUAUUUUGAAAUUGGCAGUAUGUAUUAGCUGUACCCUCAACAAAAUCAAUUAAAUUCAGCAAUGGUUCUAAGAAAAGCGAUUUUUUUUUGUUUUUUUGAUUGUACAGUUGGCUUUUUCGAAGCUGCUAUGAAUAUUAUCUAUUUUCUUAUAUCCACAAUAAUCUGUGUGGCUUACUAACCGCUUACUAACCAAUCUUAAUUGUUACGUUUUGUUUCAUAUAACUAUUGUAGCUUAUUAACCAACUUAUUAAUUACUUGCAAACCAAUUUAAAUCCUCACGCUAAUAUUUCAUUGAAUAUACUAUUGUUUCUGGUUCAUUUAAACUACUGCCAAAGUCUUGGACGGUUUCGCGUGCCUGCAUUGCAGAUUUUUAGUACUGUUUGAUUCGGUUUAGGGUUUCCAAAUGAUUUUCAAUCUAUUUUACGCACCAAAUCAAAAUACUAAUUUCAAAUCGAAACUAAAUCUAUUAUUGCUGUUCAAACAAAUAUCGACAACAUGUUUAUUUACAGAUUUACUGAUUUACUAAAACUGAUCAGAAACUGUGCUGUAGUAUGAGCCAUUAAUGAGAAUAAAAACAUAAAAAUGAAUUUUAA